UUGAAAGAUAAUAGUUAUGAAAAAUUUUAUAGUAUUUUUUCUAAUUUAUUGAAAUAUAUAAUGUAAGAUUCACCGAAUAAAAUUGUAUUUAAUAAUAAUAGAAGUGAGAAAAAAGUUUAAAAAUAUUAUUAUAUGACAGAAAAGAAACUUUUCUUUUGUGAUGGCUUUAUCGAGGAAAUUAACAUCAAAAAUAUAUGAAAUAAAAGCUCACAAUGGAAAAGUUACAUGUUUGGAUUUAGGUGAAACAGGACGUGUGUUAGUAACCGGUGGACAGGAUAGGAACGUCAAUUUGUGGGCGAUAGGGGAAUCUGAAUGUUUUAUGUCUUUACCUGGCCAUAAUGGAACAAUUGAUUGUGUUAAAUUUGCAUAUAAUGAUGAUUUUGUGUAUUCAGCUGAUGAUAUUGGUAUUAUAAGAAGAUGGGAUCUUAAUGCUCAAACAAUUUGCUCAACCUUAAAUGGACAUAUGAAAAGCGUUCGAACAUUAGAUUUUAAUCCAUCUGGCGAAUACGUAGUAUCCGGUAGUAAUGAUACAACUGUCAGACUUUGGGAUGUCAGAAAUCAGAAUCGAUGCAUGAAAACGUAUAGAGGCCAUAUAGCAAACGUUAAUUCUGUAAAAUUCUCUCCUGAUGGUUUAUGGAUUGCCUCAGCUGGUACAGAAGGAUCCGUAAUUAUUUGGGAUAUACGGAAAAGUAAACAAAUAAUUGAAUUUAGUGAAAGAGCUUCGCCGGUAACUUGUAUCCAAUUUCAUCCUAAUGAGUUUUUAUUAGCAGCUGGUAGAAAUGAUGGAAGUGUGUAUAUUUAUGAUUUAGAGAAAAAUAUUUUAAUAUCCAAAACAGAAAGUUCAAGCCCAUAUGCUGGACAGACAGUAAAGUGUAUCACUUUUAGUGAAAAUGGGGAAUGUUUAUUUGUUGGAACUGCUGAGGGUAUUUCAGUUAUAGGAUGGGAGCCUACAAGAGAGUUCGAUAAAAUAGAUUCCACAUGGAGUUUUUUAGGAGACAUUAAAAUAGUAAAUAGAGAAAUUAUAUGCGGUGCAUAUGAACGAGAUAUGGUUACUAUUCAUACUAUGCCCAUAAGUAGGAUAAGUCCAUUUUUUAUCGCUCCAGCAGUUAAACCUUUACCUAAUAACCAGCAAUUGGGUACACAACCGGUGUCGAUACAAUCGGUAAUUGGCUCAGCAUCUCCUUUUUCUUACAAUCAAUCUACAAGAAAGAGUUUCUCACGGGGAACUCACAAAUUAACUCUUUCUGUGGAAUCAAAUAGUAAAUCAACCAAUUUAAAUAAUAAUAAUAAUAAUAAUAACAGCAAUAAUAAUAUCAAUAACAACAAUGAUAUUAAGAGCAAAAAACCAAGUAGGGUAAUUGAGGAAAAUGAAGAAAGUCCAAGUCCCAGUCUUGACGGUUUGUCUUCAUCUCCAAAUCUUAGUAUUGAAAUAAUAGACAUUGAGGAUCCGCCUUCUCGGCAUAUAAAUGCGGAUACAAAUACAGGAAUUCCUUCUAGGAACUUUAAUCAAUUUAAAGCUGUAUCUCCUCUUACAAGUGAUAUUAACAAAUUUGAUAAAUAUAGUAGUUUUGAUACAUAUUGUAGUAAUUUUGAUAAUGAUAUUGGUUCCUUAACAAAUGAUAGUUUUAACGAUAGUAAUCCACCUAUCAUAUCAAAUUACGAGGCAGCUGAAUCGGAGGAUUUUCCUGUGAAUAAUGCAAAAAUGCCAGAUUAUGCUCCAAGAGCAGAUACCUAUCAAUCAAAUUUGCAAACUUCAAAUAAAUUAAGUACAAGCAAUAAAUCGAUAAGUAAGUCAAGGUCAACAAUAUCGUUAACUGGUCAACGCAAAAACACCCAGCUUGCGAUACCAGUUAAAAUUCCUGAUCGCUAUUCAGGUGGAACAUUCUUUGGAGGUGGUCCAAAUAGGGUGUCAUACAUGCAUUCUGUAAGUUCAAUGGAUUUACAUAAAAUGGAUGAAAACAUGUCUAUGACAAAAAGAUCUACCACACAAAUGUCUAUAUCAGCACGAGGUACCAGAAGAGAUACGUCGGCUAAUAGUGAAAAUAGUUUUCAUCAGAGGCAGCAAGCAGUUGGCAAAGACUCGAAACCAUCGAAAGAAUUUACUGUUCAAAUUUUUAAUAAAAAACAACCUCCACCUAUGCGAUCAAAGACCUCGAUUGACUUAAGAAGUAGAUCGGCCACAGCAGCUGUACCACCCACUCAGAAAACUCUUGUGUAUUCUGCCGAUGACAGUGCAGAUGUGCAAAUGUUAAGUGCAUACCAUAACCAUGUAUUUCAAGAAUUAAGUAAUAGGCAUGCAACUUUGGAAUUGAUAAGAAAUUCAACCAGGUCGCAAGAUGUUGUGGGAGCCUUAAAACAAGCAAUAAAAACUGGCCGAACCGUAUUUGUAGAUUUAUUAGGAGCUAUUUUAGAAAAAACAUCAAGUUGGAGUUUAGAUCUCUGCCUUCUUUUGCUUCCCGAAAUAUAUGAGCUACUUCAAAGUCAACAUAAAUUUCAUCAUACUAGAGCUUGUGAUACAUUACGUGUUAUAUUAAAAAAUUUCUUGCCAAUAAUUCAAGAAAAUUGUGAUCCAUGGUCUUUGGCAAAUAGUUUGGGUGUAGACGUAACUCGAGAAGAGCGACAACGUAAAUGUAUUGAAUGUCAAGAAUGGUUAUUGAGAAUAAGAAGCUUACCCACUGAUACAGAAAAUUCUACAUCGUCAUUAGCAUCAUUACAGAACUUAAUAACGUUUUGACACAAAUCCCGUUUUAUAUUGAUAGAUAAUUCAACUACAUAUUUUGUUUGAUAGUAAGUUUAAAAUGAGUGAUAAUUAAAAACGAUUAAUUAAUCAAAUGAUUUUAAAAGAUAAUUUUUAACCAUCUAUUAAAAUAUAAAGCUUGCUUGAUUUUUUUGAGGAAAACGCACUGUUAAUAUGGAGUUAGUUCUUGAUUGUUACUUCGUUUGUAAGAUUUUAAAAUAUAUUAAGUUGAAUAUUUUAGUUGAACAAAAAUAUCAAUUAAUACCAUAAGUUUUCAGGGAACAUUGGUAUCAUAAAUUUCAUAUGUAUUUAAAUAAUAUUGGGUUAAGAAGUAUUUGAUGCUUUUAUUUAAAAAUCUUUCCUUCGCAUACAUUAAUACUAGAACAAGAAUGAUGCCUACAACACAUUUUCUAAUUCUAUAAAAAGAAUUUAGUUAUUACACUGAUGUAUAAUAGAAAAUUGAUCAUAAUAAUAAAACAAAUGUAUUUAUAUUUUAAGAGUAAUCUUACAUUUCACAAAAUAACACUUUUGAGGAAACGUUUUAGGUCAGGAAAUAAAAAUUUUCUAUUUUUACAAUAUUUUUGUUUCCAUUUUUUAUUAUCAAUUUUUUUUAAAAGUAAUGCUUUUUGUAUAAAUAUCUAGCUUAAAUUUCAGGUUAUUUUUGGUAGUUAUAUUUCGGUUUUUCAGUACUUAUGCUAAUUUUUCAUCAGUCUAGUCACCAUUAUUUAUUCGCUGUUUAAUAUUGAAUAAUUUUUGUGUGAACAUGAGUAAUUUAUUUUGAUAUUUAAUUAUGAUACUUUUUUUUUAUGUACGCAAAAGUCUAAGAUAAAAACAUAGAAUCUAAAUUUUAUACUAACAAUUAAAAUGGAUUAAAUUAUUCUUUGAUUUAAUUAAAAUUUUAAUAACUAGAUAAUUUUCAUCAACGUAUUUUUCAUUUUGGUUACGUAUAACACCACAAACUUAUUUAUUAGAAUUUAUUUGCUUGAAAAAUUAAUGUUAGUUUUAGUUAACCGAGUUGUGUUUCAGUUUUUUCAGAGGCGUUUUACAAAUAUAACAAUCAAAAAUUGAUUUAUUAUAAGAAUUUUGUUAAGCAGAUUACUUUUUACAUUAUAAGAAAAAUAGUGCAUUAAAUUUAAUUGAAAAUAUUUUUGCAUAACUAGAAUAUAUUUUUAAAUACUUAAUUUAUUAUGAGUGAAGA